AUGACGAGAGCAUCUUUGCCGGUAUCUGCCCUCACCUCCGGAAAAUUGCCGUCAAAAGCUGCCCGAAGAACGAAGUCUUUUAGGUUCGACGAUGAUGGUUUCAUUCUUGACGUGGAUUCUUUCGUUAAAACCAUCGCCACGAUCAAAGCCAACGGCGCCCGUCCUGACCACAUUGGCUCAGUUAUCGCUCAUUAUGCUUCCACGCGCCUCCCUCAACUCUCCAGCAGCGUUGUUACAAAUAAUCAGCAGCAAUCGGAUAGCGUAACGGCCUACGUAUUGAAAAAACGUUUUUUGGUCGAAACCCUAAUCGGUAUCCUUCCACUGGAGAAAGACUCCGUUUCAUGUAACUUCCUCCUCCGACUACUCAGAACCGCCAACAUGGUCAGAGCAGACCUGGACUACAAGACCAACCUCGAGGUAAGGAUAUCAUGGCAGCUAGAACAAGCUUCCCUCAUAGAGCUAAUGAUACCUUCGUUCAGUCACACUUGUGGUGCGUUGUUCGACGUAGAGCUAGUGACUAGAGUUGUGAAGAACUUUGCAAUAUUAUACAGUGAAGGAGUUAAAAGCGGUGCUUCUCUUAUUAAAGUGGCGAAGCUCGUAGACUCUUACCUCGCGGAAGCUGCCGCAGACCGCAAUUUAAGCCUUAUGGAGUUUAUUUCCCUCACGGAUGCUCUCCCUAAACAUUCUCGUGGAACAGAAGAUGGCUUAUACCUUGCUUUAGACACUUUUCUCAAGGCACAUCCUGAUGUGACAAAGCAAGAAAGGAGGAGACUUUGUGGGCUAAUAGGCAUCAAGAAGUUAUCAAUGGAGGCGUCUCUUCAUGCUGCCGAAAACCCUCGCUUACCAGUGAGAACUAUUAUUCAAAUUUUGUUCACUGAACAGACAAAGUUGAAUUUUGGCCGCCACAACAACAACAUUGAUUGUAACGUGUCAUCAUUAAGUCGAAACCAUUCUGGUUCUCAUUUCUUAGAGCCUAGUCCCGGUUGGUGCAUGUCCAAAUUCGACAUGAAUGUUCAACAAGCAGAGAUUAGGAGAUUGAGAGAUGGCAUCGGAAAGCUACACAGCGAGUGUGAAGCGAUGCGAAGGCAGUUAAAGAAAGAAAAGAAAGGUGGUAAGAGUAGUACUGGUAAUACUUGUGGGAGUAAUUGGUAUUUUAGGUGGAAGAUGCUUAGAUUUAGUAAGUGUUUUAGCACUAAGGAUGUGGAAAAGACGGCGGUGAGAUUGGAGGUAACAAAGAAGGAGAAGAAGAGUUUGAGUUUGAGGAUCUGA